AUGAGUGCAGAUCCUGACUUGAUCAAGUGCCCAGGCAAAUUUGGCAGGGGCGACCCUCUCCUUGGACCUCCAGCGUGCCCGUACCCAUCGAUCUCCUCUUCAGUCUCCGGACUCUCCCGUCUAGCUAUGGCUUCCACUACGCCCUCAACCUCUGCCGCUAUCGCAACAACAGCAUCAGCAAGUCGGAGCGAGGAUCCAGUAAAGAAAUCUACCGACGCCCAGGAUCCGCCGAACAAGCUCGCCGAAUUCCUGGCUGUUGGCUCUUCCUCGCCGUGGCCAGCAUGGUCGAUGAGCGCUCUCCUGAUGGCGUCUCUACCUACGAGUAGCCGAUUCUCCGGUGCACUAUACCCCAUCGGAUUGGCACCAACGUGGCAAGUCACUCCUUUGGCUAUGGUCUUCGGCUUGAGUGGCUACAUUACUUCAGCAGGUGACUACUAUAACGGUUCCGGAACAGCUUCUGCCUGGAGUGUCAUAUACCUGUUCUUGCACGGGAGGGAUUCAUGGAGACACACAUUCGCACGACCACCCAAGACGAAACUGAGCCUCUUCCCGAUCUCUCUCUCCGCCUUCGCUCUCACUAAUGGGAUCAUUCAUGGCUAUGUCUAUUGGUCCGGCUUCUAUCGCGACCAGUUAAAGGAAGAGCUAGAAAGGACUAAAAAAUCUUCUUAA